UAUUCCUUCUGCGUUCACACAGCGCCGGCAAAUUACCGCCAUGUUUCACAUUGUGGAGUUUUUGGAAACCCAAGAGGUGGAAGUUGUGCCAGCGCUUUGGGUUACAGAUGAAAUUUGUCAAUGGCCAGCUCACUACAAAGCGGAUGAAUUAGUGAAGGCCGUACGGAGCCAGGAGCAGCCUGGAGUCACAUGGGAUGCAUUUCGUGUUCAAAUUUUAUAUACAGCUGCAAACUACAAACAUGCUUGUCUAAAACUUCCUGAAGCUGAAGCCUACACUGAUCUGCAAACAGCAGAGGAAGACAAGGAUGACUAUCCAAAGAAAAAACGAAAACGUCUGCCAAACAUUCACUUUGAAAGUGAUAGUGAGGAGGAAGUUCCUGUCAAACAAAAAAUUACAUUGCCUCCAGCCCCAAAAAUAAAAACGCAGAACUUUGAUAAACAGUCUGCAGUAAGGAGAAAAGUUCAACGGCCUGAACCACAAAAACAAAAGACAAGCCUAGAUCUCAGACGGUCUCUUACAAGUCCUAAGCCUAGACAAAGUCCUGAGCCUUGGCAGUCUGUAAGAAGCCCUGAGCAUAGACAAUCAACAAGUCCGGAACCAAGAUGCUCUGUGACUAGUCCUCAACCCCUUGAACUACAUGAAAGCCAAAGACAAUCAGGAACAACAAUUUCAAAUAGUCUGUCUUCUCUACUGCACAAACUUCUUACAAAUCAAGAAAUUAUAAUGGAACAACUUAAAAUGAUUCAGAUGAACCUGCAAAAUACAGGCCAACCUGUCCAGGGACAGGAUUCCCUCAAGAGAGUAGUACUGCCACUCAAAGAUGUGGCUGCCCUCCUUGCGUUAGAAAAACGCCUCAGAGAAGAGGAAGACCUCAAAAACAAAAUGAUCACUACCUUCAGUGUCAUUGGAGGAGUUGACAUUAAAGAUAGUGUUUGGCGAAUCAUGAAGCACUGUUUUACCAACACCCUUGCCAAACAGCUCAACUGGCGUGGCAUCAAUGGCAAAACAGCUUUCCAUGGACUGCAUAUGAAAGAUGUAAUUACUGGGACUGUGAGAAACAACAGGCUCACAGCAGCAGCAACGGAUCAAGAGGUAGAGUUUUACAUUAAAAGAUGGCUUCAACUUGCCAGUGACCGAGAUGGAGGGAGAAGAGAAAGAGAGGAGCGAAGACGCAGUCUCCAGAAAAACUGUUUACAAGAUGGCACUGAUGGACCCAGUCAAGAAGAACACUAAAUAAAAAAUAAAUGUCUUUACAUAGUG